GCCGAUCGUGAUCAUUCAAGUGGAGGCGUUUCAGCUAUUACAAGCGGAGACUAUUGUGUUAAUUUCAAGUGGAGACUAUUGUGUUAAUUUCAAGUGGAGACUACUGUGUUAAUUUCAAGUGGAGACUAUUGUGUUAAUUUCAAGUGGAGACUACUGUGUUAAUUUCAAGUGGAGACUAUUGUGGGGAACUGCAUCGUCAGAAGGAACUUUGGAUAUUUUGAGACAGUGGAGGCUGUGUUCGGACUGUGGGUUGGAAAAUGUGGAUAUGCUAUGUUUUCUUUUUCUUCAAAUUAUAUUGUUUAUUUACAAUUUAAACUGUUGUCGCUGUUUUCAUUUAUUCAUCUUCCUCGUCUGAAAGGCACUGUAGAGCGUAGGUGACACCAAGCUGUCUGCAGUUUGCAUCCCGCCCACUACGUCUUUUUACCUGCUUCAAGUGCCUCUAACGUCUCAGUCACGUCGCCGGCGAUGAACUAUAACCCGUCCUUGACAUUUACGGUCAAGUGCAACCUGUCAACAUCGGCGACAGGCCCGACGACACUGUCAACACCAAUAAUGAUGUCGAGCAAGCCGCGCGUGACGAGACCAUGUCAAGUGGGUGUCUGUCUCCACGGGUGCAAGUGGAGCAAAGAGAGGCGAGACACAAUUAUCACAGGUAUCACAGGUAUCACAAGUAUCACAGGAGAAGGACUGUCAAAGAUGGAAAGUCCACAUCAAGCAGGUAAGCGGGGUGUCAACCCGGAAAAGUGACAAGUUUUCUCGCACCCGUGACUGCGCUCUGUGGCUCGUGGUUGUACACUUGCGGUGAACACCGAGGACCACAAAAGACUUUGCAGGCUUUUAUCACCUACAGGAGGUCACAAGUCCGAAAGUGCAGCCAUAAAACAGGCGACAGCUGGAUGGAGGGAUCGUCGUGAAGUUGAUAAAGCCGAUGGGGGAAAUCCUUACUGCCUAGUCUCAAGAAUGAUAAACAGGUGGUAACAUGGAGUCUGCGCAGCUCAUAGGAGGCGAGGAGUCUUGGUACGACAGCCUGCAAGACGGUCGUUGUGCCGUGGCAGAAGGUCAGGAUUGCCAGCAUGACCUCUCAUCGUCUGCCAGGGUGUCGAAGGACGAGGUCGAGGACGUCCCCCCGGAAGCGCGCGGGUCGAGGGAGCGGAAGUUGCGCCUGCUCCUGAUCUCCGUCGUCGUCUUCCUGGACUCCAUGGCGGCCAAGCUGCACAGCCCGGUGGUGACGCAGUACACCUACCAGGUGAUCACGGAGCAGGUGUACGGUAACGCCAGCAUCGACGUCAGCAUCAGCGCUCACCCGUGCAUCAACGCCAGCGACAACGGCACCGACACCAGUGACGCCGACUCACUCCGGGAUGAGGUGCAAGACAAAAGCGCCGACUUGCUGAUGUGGUUAGACCUGGCGGACGGUCUCAUCGCCGUGGUCACCAACAUCUUCCUGGGCGCCUACUCCGACACCUUGGGAAGAAAGUUCAUCCUCCUCCUGCCUGUGUUGGGUCAUUUCUUGCGGAGCCUGACCACCCCCGUCAUCAUCUACUGGGACCUGGGGCUGACUGCCUUGUACUCGGGUUACGUCAUUGAUGGAAUCUGCGGAGGCAGUCCAGGCAUCAUGCUGGGGCUGUUCGUGUACACUGCUGACAUCACACCCUCGGACAAAGAACGCACCCUGGGUAUGGCGCUGGUGGAGAUGGCAUCAGGGGUGGCCACCGCCGCUAUAAACUAUGCUGCUGGAUUAUUCAUUCAGGAGACAGGGUUCUUCUACCCCUCCGUGGUGUCAUCGCUGCUUCUGCUCAUCUGCGUCAUCGUCAUCGCUUGCUGCCUGCCCGAGACCCUGCCUGGUAAACAGAAGAAGGUUAUCUCCCCUGUAGAGAGCGCUCGGCGGAUGGUGGAAGUGUUCACAUCGGAUGAAGACACACGAAAACGCCUCUUGUUGUCACUUGUUUCCCUUUUCCUGGCGUAUUUCGCGUUCAUUUCUAUUUCUAAGGUGAACUCUUUAAACCUGAUGAACACCCCUUUCUGCUGGGACUCCACCCGCAUUGGCGUCUUCGAGGCACUCAGAAGUGGGGUGGGGUCGUUGUCCAGCAUUGCGCUUGUCGGCCUGCUUCAGUCAGUCGUGUCCACCCCGGGUUUGACCAUCAUGGGCGCCGCCUCCAGUACCGCCUUUCUCGUUCUGUUUGGUUUUGCACGGACAGACCUCAUGGUGUACAUGGUUCCAGUGGUUGGAUUUGCCAGCACUGUCAUUUUUCCCACCAUACGAUCUAUGAUGUCCCGGAUGGUCACCGCAGACAAGCAAGGCGCCAUGUUCGGGGGUAUCGCUGUGGUGGAGAGCGUGUCCCUAGCCGCAGGUCCUCUUGCUGUGAUGUCCCUGUACACACACACGGAGGCCAUGCUGCACGGACUAACCUACUUCUGUGUUGGAGGAUUGUAUCUUCUGGUCAUUGCCAUCUUCCUGACCUUUGUGACUUUCUCACGAAAGACUCACUCACUGUCUGCGACGUUCUUGAGUAUCCAGGCAGGCGACACGGAGAGCUAACCUUUGGCUGUGACCCCAGACAUUCCAGUCAUCACUGUUUGCAUUUGAAAUUAAAUACUUAGCAACACUUCACAGGUUCUCACUAUUAAAGCCAUUGCUGACAGUGCAGUGUUUUGAACAGACUGUAGUAUUUAUGUUGGGAAAAAAUGUUUUGUUUUUGUUUGAUUUGUUUUGGUGUUUUGGGGAAUUUUAUUUGUUGUUUUUUGUGUUUUUGAUGUCUUGUGAUUGCUAAUUUAAACGUUUUCAAGAACAUUACGAUAUUACCUUUCUGUACAGAUACAGUGUGUUCAUUCCCCCCACAGCCCUCAUAUUGCAGCUUGGACUUUGCAAAUGGAGCCUGGACUACAGGUGUGUUUACUGUAUUAGUGUGUGAGCCCCUGAGGGUCAUUAAUGCCUCUGCCAGCCGACUCCGGCUUGUCAACAAGCCACCCUAGGCCCUACUGGGGCUAUUGUUACUUCCCACAUGACAGACACCAACCUCCUCGGUGUUGAUAGUGAAGAAUUAAAACACUUCUUCAAACAGAGGCAUCAGUACUGACAGCUUAUUAAAAUUACGAAAAUAUACUGCAGGGCAUUUCAGCUUCUGUGGAUGUAUACACAGUAAACAUGAAUGGUUUGAGCUGUUGGCGAUGAUUCCAUUAUCAAUGUAGAUAUUGAUUUUUUAUGGUUUGUUUGUUUCUUAUAUAGAAAAACAUUAACAAAAUCAAGCCAGUC